AUGAUUAGAACAGUUAAACCAAAAAAUGCUCGUUCCAAAAGAGCUUUAAAGAACAAAGAAGCAAAAUUGGUUGAGAAUACAAAACAGGCCCUUUUUGUUCCAGGAUCCACCAGUAAUAAAGUGUUACAUGAUACUAUGGUUGACUUAAGUGCUCUUAAGAAACCAGAUGCCAAAAGAUUCAAUAAAAAGAAUGAUGGUAGACCCUUUGAAGACUCUUCAAAAUUUGAAUUUUUUUCUGAAAAAAAUGAUACCUCGUUAUUAGUCUAUUCAAGUUCAAGUAAAAAAAGAAAGAAUAAUUUAACUUUUAUCAGAACUUUUGGUUACAAAGUGUACGAUAUGAUUGAAUUGCUAAUAUCAGAUAAGUAUAAACUAUUAUCAGAUUUUAGAAAAACCACUUUUGCUAUUGGUUUAAAACCAAUGUUCACAUUUAAUGGUGCAGUUUUCGAUUCACAUCCAGUUUAUAAACAUAUCAAGUCAUUAUUUUUAGAUUUUUUCAGAGGCCAAGUAACGGAUCUACAAGAUGUUGCUGGUUUGCAACAUAUUAUUUCAAUUACAGCUGCUGAUUUCCAAGAAGGUGAACCUUUACCACAAGUGAAUUUCAGAGUUUACCUAUUGAAAACUUUCAAGAGUAGUCAAAAGAUUCCAAGAGUUGAAUUGAGUGAAAUUGGACCAAGAUUAGAUUUCGCUGUUGGUAGAUAUGAACAUCCAUCACCAGAUAUGGAGAAGGAAGCUUUGAAAAAACCAAAAGAAUUGGAAGCAAAAGUUAAAAAGAAUGUUGAAACUGAUUCUAUGGGUGAUAAACUUGGUAGAAUCCAUGUCGGUAAACAAGAUUUAGGAAAACUACAAACUAGAAAGAUGAAGGGUUUGAAGAAGAGAUAUGAUCAAGUAGACGAAGAUUUCGAUGAUCCAGUCUAUGAUGAUGAACCAAGUGCUAAAAAGGCCAAGAUCUAAGGUUGGAAAAGAAAAUAAAACAUUGUAUAGUAUUGAUAAAAUCUGGAAAGUUAAUUUGCAUUUUCUACAUUGACUAAAAUACUGAUAUAAAUACUUAACUUAAACUCUAUCCAAAUAAAACGACAAACCAAUCAUUAUUAGAAAAAAAAACCAAAAACACACGAAAUGAAAUAUAUGAGC